AUCGAGCAGGUGGCGUAGACCGUGGGCAACAGAUACCGAAAAAGGGGUUUUGUCCAGCUUAAGGCUGACGUAAGCAGGUCUCCGCUACCGCUGCAGCAAUAGCCAAAUCCAUUCUGUUAUUUGGAACUCACGAUUGACACCUAUCAGCCUCAGUGGUCUGAACGCCACUUUACUCGCUCAGUGCCUACGUGCAGUGUCAUACGGUACUAUGACCAUGGUCACGAUGGGCUGUCAUACUGCUUUGCAGAAUCCCGAUGUCGUGCGGGAGAUAUUACAGCAAUUGUCCCCGCUGGACAACAAUUGCUCAUACGAUCGUCUUCGAGAGAUACGCAUGGGUUUAGCUGCAUGCGCCCGCGUUUGCAGGAUGUUCUCGGAACCCGCACUCGACUUUCUGUGGUGGAAGUUAGGCGACAUUACUCCCGCUUUGCGCCUCCUUCCCUCAAUUCGAGUGGAUGAAGACAAUCAAACAACAUCCAGGAUAUCCGAAUAUUCUGUGAAAUACUACCUGACUGGGGUGCCAUCCAUUCAGGAGUGGGCGCACUUCCAAGAAUAUGCACGACGUGUCCGGGUGAUUGAUUACUACCGCGCAUACUUCGGUCUGCCAGCCAUAUUGUCCCAGCUUUCUGAUCAAAAUGACAGACGUCCCCUCUUCCCGCUACUCCAGCGGAUUUCGUGGAAUCUUUCAUUGACCGAAGACAAUCCAAGCAUCGUUGCCCUUGUCUCUCCCACUCUGCGACAGCUAUCCGUUGACCUCCACGGUUACGAUUGGACAACGCCUGUGGCGGCGAUGGCUUCCCGUGCUUGCAGUGUCGUCUUACAGGCAGUUCCGGACCUACGUAUUCUGCAGCUGGACACAUCGUGCCACGGCUUGAUGCUUCCGGUCAGAUUCUGCAGAAAUCUGCGCGAACUCCAUAGUUAUCACGGCUUACUGAGGUUGGAUCCCAAUUUUUGGCAAGACUUGUUUCGAUUGGAGCACCUUAGUGAAGUCCAAGGAGGUUUUGAGCUUCCUGAAAACGUACCCGAUGAUGGUUUCGUCGCCAUACAAUCAUUGUCUCUCGAGAUUAUGGAUGUAGUUCAUGCAAUCCGUUUCCUGAAGGUAGUCCCUCCUCAGCAGCUGCGACAUACGAGUUUACCCCCGUACGAGGAUCUUCCGACCAGCUCCUCGAGGCGAUGACAUUGAUAGCCUCCAGAUCUUCCACGUCGCUACAAACGUUCGAUGCCUACAUCCCAUUGGAUUUGGACACAUCGUUCACGAGCAUGAUUGAGCCUCUCUUAUCCUUGAGGGGAUUGCAGAAGAUGUCCCUGCGGAUGGACGGCUCAAAGACGUUCACGAUAUCGGACAAGGAUGUCGAGCGCUUGGCAAUUUCGUGGCCGGAGCUGCGAAAGUUGAAACUUGAUUUUAUGUGC